UAUAAAGAACAGCUGUUAAGCCAUUAAAUUCAUUCGUUCAUAUCAUAGUCAACUCAACAGUUUCUCGUUUUGAGACCCUAACCCUAAAUUUCGAAUCUGAAACCCUAACACCAAAUUUCAAAUCUGAAACCCUCGUUCUCAUCCAUGGCACCGAAGCGUCCUUCCCAUCUGGACGACCCACCUGUUGCUUCUUCAUCAGAAGCCGAAGAGGAUUCUUCGUCCGAAGAAGAAGAAGAUGAAGGGGCUUCCGAGGAAGUAGAGCAAGAAUCACAGAAACCAAGAAUCACGCCUUUGUCGAAGCCUACCCCGAUUUCUAGUGCCAGGCCGUCGGCGAAGAGACCGAGCAAUAGCGAGGUUAAGGACUCGAAGCGAGCAAAGAAGAAGGGCUCGGAACCAGACGGAGGUUCGGCGAUGGCAGAGGAUGAAUUGAAGAAGUCUGGGGAUGAGUCGAAGAAGCUGUUUCAGAGGUUGUGGAGUGAGGAUGAUGAGAUAGUGAUUUUGAAGGGUAUGAUGGACUACGCUGCGAAGAAAGGAGCGAACCCAUCUGCGGCGGACAUGAAUGCUUUUCAUGAUUUCAUCAAGAAGUCACUACAGAUUGAUUUCACAAAGACCCAGUUGUCAGAUAAGGUCCGGAGGUUGAAGAAAAAGUACGAGAACAAUGCUGGUAGGAAGAAGUACAACCCGACGAAGCCUCACGAGAAGGAAGUGUUUGAAUUGUCUAAGAAAAUUUGGGCUGGUGGUGAAAAGGUCGUUGUGAAAGCUGAACAGCCCAAGGCUAAUGGCACCGGCCUUGCGAAGGUUUACAAGAUGGUAGCUUCUCCGCAGAAUCUUUCCUCGCCGAGUUCGAGGCCGCCGGAGGAUUUACUUUCCUCGCCGAAAUUGGGUGCACUGGGGGAUCUGCUUUCCUCUCCGAGCUUGGGAAGUCAUGGCAUAUCGGAGCAUGUUUUGAACAAGGGGCUUGAGUUGAUUUCGGAACUGAAAAGAGCAGAGUUGGAGGCGAAGUGGAAGAAAAUACAUAUGGCUGAGAUUGAGCUUUUUGCUAAGAGGAGUCAGUUGCUUGCAGACCAAUCUACUCUGAUUCUGGAGGCGUUGAAAUCAGCGGAUCAUUAGGUGAAGAAAGGCAGAUCAAACCUCUAUCUUAGUUGAUGAAUAUGUAUUUAGAAUUAAUGUGAGAACUCUUUUUUUUUUCCUGCAGUUAAAGUUAAUUUUUCCUUAUUUUUCAUGUGAGAACCUUAGAAUUCUGCAGUAAUUUUACCUUAUUUCAUGUUUGUGACGAAUUUCUACUUUGAAAAUAAAUGUGUAGUUGUAUCCAAA